AUGGGCUGUUGCAACUCAAAGCUUGAUCGUCCUCAGAAAAAAAAAAGCUCUGGUCUGCCAGGCACAACCUCCUCAACAACCAAGAAGAAAAAUGUUAGCAAAGCUAACUUUGUUUCCCAAAAGAAAGGCGCUGUUGAAGAUCAUUACACUAUUAUAAAAAAGCUUGGCAGUGGAGGUUUUGGGACGGUUUACCAAGUUGUUGAUAAGAGAACUAACAUAGAAAGAGCUAUGAAAGAGCUCCCAAGGAGCAAAAUGACACAGGAAGCCAGCGCCCAAAUGCUUUCUGAAGUAGAGAUAUUGCGAACUUUGGAUCAUCCUAACAUUAUGAAAGUGUAUGAGCUGAUAGAGUCUAGGAAAAGUUAUUAUCCUUAUUUAUAUUAAUUAAAAUUUUAUUUAUAAGGCAUUAUUUUUUUAAUUAUAUAUAAAAACAAAUCCUAUAUACAUUAUCACUGAAUUUUUAACAGGCGGCGACUUAUUCGGCAAACUCUUAAAAGAAAAGAAUUUAUCUGAAAAAGCAGCUGCAAAAUACGUCUAUGACUUUAUGAGCGCUAUUAACUAUUGCCACAAGAACGGCAUCGUCCAUAGAGAUUUAAAACCAGAAAACCUAUUAUUAGAAAACAGUGACCCAGACGCAAAAAUAAAAGUAAUUGAUUUCGGAAUUUCCCAAAAACUGCAGCCACAUCAUAAGCUGAAUCAAGCAGUUGGGACGAUUUUUUAUAUGGCUCCUGAGACUUUUACAGGGUCUUAUGAUGAGAAAUGCGAUAUUUGGAGCGCUGGGGUCAUUUUAUAUAUAAUGUUGUGUGGAAGCCCACCGUUUUUCGCAGAAAAUGUCGAGCAGAUGGCUGAAAUAAUUACCCAAGGGAACCUGACAUUUAGGCAGCCUGUGUGGAAUUCAGUGUCUGGAGAGGCCAAAAGCCUAAUUCAAAGCAUGCUGGCGACUGACCCAGAAGAUAGGCUUAAUGCUGAGCAGGUGCUUAAUCAUGCUUGGUUCAAGAGUUACAUCAAUAAUGAGCUACCAAAAACAGCACUCAGCACUGAGGCGCUAGGAAAUCUAGGCAAGUUUCAUGCUCAAGGAAAGCUAGAAAAAUCUAUAAUGACUUUUAUCAGUUCUCAAGUUACCAGCGCUAAAGAAGACAAAGAAUUUGCAGAGUUAUUUAGUAAGAUGGAUAAAAAUAAGGAUGGAAAAUUAAGCCAAAGAGAAAUUUUGGAGGGGUAUAAGGAGCUAGGAAUAACAACGCCGCCUGGAAUUUCUGAAGUACUGAAGAAAAUUGAUAGUGAUGGAAGCGGAUUUUUAGAUUAUAUUGUGGUUGAUUAAUUAAAAAUAAAAAACAGGGCUAUUUUGCUAUUAAAAAUACCAAUGAAAUAUUGGGUUAUACUUGCAUAUUUUAUUUUAUAGGAAAUAUACUGAAUUUGUGACAGCUUCUAAGGACUGGAAAUCAGCUUUUGAGAAAAAUGAACUGGAAAGUGCCUUCAAGAUGUAUGACCAAGGAGGCGAUGGAAAACUGUCAUUGAAAGAACUGAAAGAAAGCAUCCCUGAUAUAGAAGACUCAGAUUGGGAAAAGUUUUUGCUUGAAGCUGAUAGGAAUGGAGAUAGCCAAAUUGGGCUUGAAGAGCUCAAAGUCUAUUUGAUGCAAAAAAUUUCUUAA